AUGACGUUGUUUUUGCUCUCUCGUGCCUUCCGAACCCGUAGGUUUUUGAAUCCCUCUUCCUCCUCAAUCUCUUCUUCCUUUCAUUACGCUCCAAACCCUAACCCUAGCCCUCUCCACAUUUCUCCUCCUAUUCCGGUUUUCCUAUGGCCUAAGCAAUUCUACUACGGUCGCCGGAAAUUGAUCGUCGAAUUUGGCGCCGUUUCCGUCCGCCACAUUUCGACAUCGUCGUCGUCUUCUAUAUGGGAGAAAUGUAGAAGUAUUUACUUCACUGCUACUUAUACGCCAACUGGGUGUUGCAUUAGAACUGUUAGGAUUGAAGCAUUCUUUUUUCUUGAGUCAAUCACUCUGGCGGCAACCCCGGGACACCUUCCUGAUUUUAAGAUGUUGACCUUGUUUGGGUGUGGGGCUCUGCUUUUACGUGGUGCUGGCUGUACUAUCAAUGAUCUUCUUGAUCGGGAUAUUGAUACAAUGGUGGAACGUACAAAGUUGAGGCCAGUUGCAAGUGGUCUCCUCACACCUUUUCAGGGGCUUUGUUUUCUUGGGUUUCAAUUGACUUUGGGUCUUUGUUUUCUUCUUCAAUUGAAUAAUUAUAGCCGUAUUUUGGGGGCUUCAUCUUUGUUGCUAGUCUUCUCCUAUCCCCUCAUGAAGAGGUUGACAUUUUGGCCUCAAGCAUUUCUAGGUUUGACCUUUAAUUGGGGAGCUCUGUUAGGAUGGGCUGCAGUUAAAGGAAAUAUUGAUCCAGCUGUAGUGCUCCCGUUGUAUGUCUCUGGAGUUUUUUGGACUCUAGUGUAUGACACGAUAUAUGCACACCAGGAUAAAGAAGAUGAUCUGAAAGUUGGUGUUAAAUCUACAGCUUUGAGAUUUGGGGAUUCAACCAAGAAGUGGAUUACGGGGUUUGGACUUGCGUGCAUUGGUAGUCUUGCCCUUAGUGGAUUUAAUGCCGAAAUUGGAUGGCCAUAUUAUGCAUCUUUGGCAGCUGCAUCUGGACAAUUAGCGUGGCAGAUAUGGACAGUUGACCUUUCAUCACGAGCCGAUUGCAAUAGAAAAUUUGUGUCCAACAAGUGGUUUGGAGCUAUUAUUUUCAGUGGAAUCUUAUUUGGACGACUAUCGUCUUAAAAGUAUGGCAAAGAAAAUGUCCAGAAUCCCUUUAGUAGAGGGUCAAAUAUACAUAAUGCAGCAAUUGCAAACUGGAAUAGAAAGGAUACGUCCCUCUGGAAUUUUUGGCCAAGCAGUUAAAAGAUUAGCUGGAUUCAGUUUUUUUUUUUUUUUUUUUGGAUUUUUUGUGGGAGAUUUUCUUCGCAUGUAAACUAGCGAUGUAUUGGUUUUUUCAUGGGCCUAAGUGGGUAAAAUUGUAGAAUAUAGUAUUUAUACGUUUCUUAUAUGUUUUCAAAUUUGAUG